AUGUCCUAAUAAAAUCAGGCCAAUAUUAAUAACUUAUUGAAUGUUUUGAUAAAAUAAUUAACAUAAAUCCUUAAUCUGAUGUAACUUUAAAAAACAAAAGUAAUUUUUAUUUAAUUAUUUAUAGUUUAUGGCUUAAUUAUAAAUGGUCAUUAUGAAUAAGUUCCUUAAUUAUUGGAUCAAUUAAUUGCCAUUAAUCCUUAAUUUAUUUAUAAUUUAAAAAGAAUAAGUAAGUUACUUUAAAUAAUUAUAGUUGAUUAAUUAAUACAAUAUGGCCAAUAUGAAUUAGCUAUUGAAUAAUUUGAUAAAAUAAUUUCUAUAAAUCCUUAAUUUAUUAAUACCUUAAAAAGCAUGUGUAAAUAUAAUUUUAUAAAUUAUAGUUGAUUAAUUAAUACAAUUUGGCUAAUAUGAAUUAGCUAUUGAUUUUUUUGAUAAAAUAAUAACUAUUAACCCUUAAAAUGCUGAUACUUUUAAAAGCAUAAGUAAAUUAAAUUUAAUUAUUUAUAGUUUAUGACUUAUCAAAUAAUGGUCAAUAUGAAUAAGCCAUUUAAUUAUGUAACAAAUUAUUGGAAAUCGAUCCAUAAUCAAUUGAGAUUAUAUAAAUGAAAAGUAAAAUUAAUCUAAAUUUGAUAGUUGAUGUCCUAAUAUAAUAAGGCCAAUAUUAAUAAGUUAUUGAAUGUUUUGAUAAAAUAAUUACCAUAAAUCCUUAAUCUGAUGUAACUUUAAAAAACAAAAGUAAUUUUCAUUUAAUUAUUUAUAGUUUAUGACCUAAUACAUUAAAAUUAAUUUGAAUAAGCUAUUUAAUUAUAUGAUAAAUUAUUGGAAAUCAAUCCAAAAUCAAUUGAGAUUAUAUAAAUGAAAAGUAAAAUUAAUCUAAAUUUGAUAGUGGAUGUCCUAAUACAAAAUGGCCAAUAUGAAUUAGCUAUUGAAUGUUUUGAUAAAAUAAUUACCAUAAAUCCUUAAUCUGAUGUAACUUUAAAAAACAAAAGUAAUUUUCAUUUAAUUAUUUAUAGUUUAUGACUUAUCAAAUAAUGGUCAAUAUGAAUAAGCUAUUUAAUUAUGUAACAAAUCAUUUGAAAUUAAUCCAUAAUCUAUUGAGAUCUUAUAAAUGAAAAGUAAAGUAAAUCUAAAUUUGAUAGUUGAUGUCCUAAUGAAGGGUGACCAAUAUGAAAAGGUUGUCGAAUGUUUUGAAAAAAUAAUUACAAUAAAUCCUUAAUCUUCUGAUACUUUAAAAACCAUAUGUAUAUUUUAUGUAAAUUUAAAUAGUUGGUUGCUUAAUAUAUCAUGGUCUAUAUUAAUAAGUCAUUUAAAAAUUCGAUAAAAUUAUGGAAAUCAAUCCAUAAUCUAAUGAAAUCUUAAAAAUGAAAAGUAAAUUAAAUUUUAAUUUAAAUAGUUGAUUACCUAAAACAUUAAAAUUAAUUUGAAUAAGCGAUUUAAUUAUGUGAUAAAUUAUUAGAAAUCAAUCCAUAAUCUAUUGAGAUCUUAUAAAUGAAAAGUAAAGUAAAUCUAAAUUUGAUAGUUGAUGUCCUAAUGAAGGGUGACCAAUAUGAAAAGGUUGUCGAAUGUUUUGAAAAAAUAAUUACAAUAAAUCCUUAAUCUUCUGAUACUUUAAAAACCAUAUGUAUAUUUUAUGUUAAUUUAAAUAGUUGGUUGCUUAAUAUAUCAUGGUCUUUAUUAAUAAGUCAUUUAAAAAUGCGAUAAAAUUAUGGAAAUCAAUCCAUAAUCUAUUGAAAUCUUAAAAAUGAAAAGUAUAUUAAAUUUUAAUUUUAAUAGUUGAUUACUUAAAACAUAAUAAAGAAUAUGAAUAAGCCAUUUAAUUAUGUGAUAAAUCAUUAGAAAUCUAUCCUUAAUCUAUUAAGAUUAAAUAAAUGAAAAAUACAAUAAAGAGAGAAAUAUUAGUUAAUACCCUUUUUUAAUUAAACUAAUUUGGUUACCAUUACCUGGAUUUAUAUUAUUGUUAUUAAUGCAAUUCCAACAUUCCUUAAUUAGAUGAAUUAUUUCAAUAAAUAAGUAAAUUUAAUUUAAAUAUUUAUAGUUUAGGAUUUAUCAAAUAAUGCUCAAUAUGAAUGGGCCAUUUAAUUAUGCGAUAUUUUAUUAGUAAGCAAUCCAUAAUCUAUUGAGAUUAUAUAAAUGAAAAGUAAAAUUAAUCUAAAUUUGAUAGUUGAUGUCCUAAUAAAAUAUGGCCAAUAUGAAAAGGUUGUCGAAUGUUUUGAAAAAAUAAUUACAAUAAAUCCUUAAUCUUCUAAUACUUUACAAACCAUAAGUAUAUUUUAUGUAAAUUUAAAUAGUUGAUUGCUUAAUAUAUCAUGGUAUUUAUUAAAAAGUCAUUUAAAAAUGCGAUAAAAUUAUGGAAAUGAAUCCAUAAUCUAAUGAAAUCUUAAAAAUGAAAAGUAAAUUAAAUUUUAAUUUUAAUAGUUGAUUACUUAAAACAUUAAAAUUAAUUUGAAUAAGCGAUUUAAUUAUGUGAUAAAUUAUUAGAAAUCAAUCCAUAAUCUAUUGAGAUUAUAUAAAUGAAAAGUAAAAUUAAUCUAAAUUUGAUAGUUGAUGUCCUAAUAAAAUAUGGCCAAUAUGAAAAGGUUGUCGAAUGUUUUGAAAAAAUAAUUACAAUAAAUCCUUAAUCUUCUAAUACUUUACAAACCAUAAGUAUAUUUUAUGUAAAUUUAAAUAGUUGAUUGCUUAAUAUAUCAUGGUAUUUAUUAAAAAGUCAUUUAAAAAUGCGAUAAAAUUAUGGAAAUGAAUCCAUAAUCUAAUGAAAUCUUAAAAAUGAAAAGUAAAUUAAAUUUUAAUUUUAAUAGUUGAUUACUUAAAACAUUAAAAUUAAUUUGAAUAAGCGAUUUAAUUAUGUGAUAAAUUAUUAGAAAUCAAUCCAUAAUCUAUUGAGAUUAUAUAAAUGAAAAGUAAAAUUAAUCUAAAUUUGAUAGUUGAUGUCCUAAUAAAAUAUGGCCAAUAUGAAAAGGUUGUCGAAUGUUUUGAAAAAAUAAUUACAAUAAAUCCUUAAUCUUCUAAUACUUUACAAACCAUAAGUAUAUUUUAUGUAAAUUUAAAUAGUUGAUUGCUUAAUAUAUCAUGGUAUUUAUUAAAAAGUCAUUUAAAAAUGCGAUAAAAUUAUGGAAAUGAAUCCAUAAUCUAAUGAAAUCUUAAAAAUGAAAAGUAAAUUAAAUUUUAAUUUUAAUAGUUGAUUACUUAAAACAUUAAAAUUAAUUUGAAUAAGCGAUUUAAUUAUGUGAUAAAUUAUUAGAAAUCAAUCCAUAAUCUAUUGAGAUUAUAUAAAUGAAAAGUAAAAUUAAUCUAAAUUUGAUAGUUGAUGUCCUAAUAAAAUAUGGCCAAUAUGAAAAGGUUGUCGAAUGUUUUGAAAAAAUAAUUACAAUAAAUCCUUAAUCUUCUAAUACUUUACAAACCAUAAGUAUAUUUUAUGUAAAUUUAAAUAGUUGAUUGCUUAAUAUAUCAUGGUAUUUAUUAAAAAGUCAUUUAAAAAUGCGAUAAAAUUAUGGAAAUGAAUCCAUAAUCUAAUGAAAUCUUAAAAAUGAAAAGUAAAUUAAAUUUUAAUUUUAAUAGUUGAUUACUUAAAACAUUAAAAUUAAUUUGAAUAAGCGAUUUAAUUAUGUGAUAAAUUAUUAGAAAUCAAUCCAUAAUCUAUUGAGAUUAUAUAAAUGAAAAGUAAAAUUAAUCUAAAUUUGAUAGUUGAUGUCCUAAUAAAAUAUGGCCAAUAUGAAAAGGUUGUCGAAUGUUUUGAAAAAAUAAUUACAAUAAAUCCUUAAUCUUCUAAUACUUUACAAACCAUAAGUAUAUUUUAUGUAAAUUUAAAUAGUUGAUUGCUUAAUAUAUCAUGGUAUUUAUUAAAAAGUCAUUUAAAAAUGCGAUAAAAUUAUGGAAAUGAAUCCAUAAUCUAAUGAAAUCUUAAAAAUGAAAAGUAAAUUAAAUUUUAAUUUUAAUAGUUGAUUACUUAAAACAUUAAAAUUAAUUUGAAUAAGCGAUUUAAUUAUGUGAUAAAUUAUUAGAAAUCAAUCCAUAAUCUAUUGAGAUUAUAUAAAUGAAAAGUAAAAUUAAUCUAAAUUUGAUAGUUGAUGUCCUAAUAAAAUAUGGCCAAUAUGAAAAGGUUGUCGAAUGUUUUGAAAAAAUAAUUACAAUAAAUCCUUAAUCUUCUAAUACUUUACAAACCAUAAGUAUAUUUUAUGUAAAUUUAAAUAGUUGAUUGCUUAAUAUAUCAUGGUAUUUAUUAAAAAGUCAUUUAAAAAUGCGAUAAAAUUAUGGAAAUGAAUCCAUAAUCUAAUGAAAUCUUAAAAAUGAAAAGUAAAUUAAAUUUUAAUUUUAAUAGUUGAUUACUUAAAACAUUAAAAUUAAUUUGAAUAAGCGAUUUAAUUAUGUGAUAAAUUAUUAGAAAUCAAUCCAUAAUCUAUUGAGAUUAUAUAAAUGAAAAGUAAAAUUAAUCUAAAUUUGAUAGUUGAUGUCCUAAUAAAAUAUGGCCAAUAUGAAAAGGUUGUCGAAUGUUUUGAAAAAAUAAUUACAAUAAAUCCUUAAUCUUCUAAUACUUUACAAACCAUAAGUAUAUUUUAUGUAAAUUUAAAUAGUUGAUUGCUUAAUAUAUCAUGGUAUUUAUUAAAAAGUCAUUUAAAAAUGCGAUAAAAUUAUGGAAAUGAAUCCAUAAUCUAAUGAAAUCUUAAAAAUGAAAAGUAAAUUAAAUUUUAAUUUUAAUAGUUGAUUACUUAAAACAUUAAAAUUAAUUUGAAUAAGCGAUUUAAUUAUGUGAUAAAUUAUUAGAAAUCAAUCCAUAAUCUAUUGAGAUUAUAUAAAUGAAAAGUAAAAUUAAUCUAAAUUUGAUAGUUGAUGUCCUAAUACAAUAUGGCCAAUAUGAAUUAGCUAUUGAAUGUUUUGAUAAAAUAAUUACCAUAAAUCCUUAAUCUGAUGUAACUUUAAAAAACAAAAGUAAUUUUCAUUUAAUUAUUUAUAGUUUAUGACUUAUCAAAUAAAUUAAUCUAAAUUUGAUAGUUGAUGUCCUAAUACAAUAUGGCCAAUAUGAAUUAGCUAUUGAAUGUUUUGAUAAAAUAAUUACCAUAAAUCCUUAAUCUGAUGUAACUUUAAAAAACAAAAGUAAUUUUUAUUUAAUUAUUUAUAGUUUAUGAUUUAUCAUAUAAUGGUCAAUAUGAAUAAGCCAUUUAAUUAUGUGAUAAAUCAUUAGAAAUCAAUCCAUAAUCUAUUGAGAAAUCAAAAAUUAAAAGUAAAGUCAUCUAAAUUUGA